UGCAGUCAGGGAGAUAGUGGAGGACAUCAGGCAGGGGAAUGGGCAGCACUAUGGGAGUGAGAUGCUCAGUGAACUGUGCAAAAUGCUGCCUGAGACGGAGGAGGUACUGUGGAGUUCGGAGAGGCGUCUGAGGGCAUACCGGGGGAGAGCGUAGCCAUCUUGAAGACCCUGACCUCUUCAUGCUCCUACUAGUGGAGGUGCCCAGUUAUCGCUUGCGUCUGGAUGCCAUGAUCCUGCAGCAGGAGUUUGACCCAGCCUUAUCUUCUCUGUGUGUGUCAGCACGCUGCUUGGUGUCUGCAGCCACAGAGCUUUUGAGCUGCCCAGAGUUGCACUCCAUCCUACGGCUGGUCCUGAGGGCAGGAAAUUACAUGAAUGCCGGAGGUUACGCAGGCAAUGCUGCUGGGUUCCGCAUCGCCUCUCUGCUCAAGCUAGCUGACACCAAAGCCAACAAACCAGGCAUGAACCUGCUGCAUUAUGUGGCCAUGGAAGCCGUUAGGAAAGACCCAACCCUGCUGUCAUUUCCCCUCAAGUUGAGCCAUGUGGGUCUCGCCUCCCGACUGUCUGUGGAUGUGGUGCAAGGGGAUCUGUCUCAGCUGUGCAGCAGACUAACUGGACUAGAGAUGAGAAUUCAGACGGAACCUGUUCUCCAACAGCAAAUCAAAUACUUCCUCCAGAGCGCUGAGGGGAGGCUGGAGGAGGCGGAGGUGGAGGUGGAGGCUCUACUGCAGGCCCAACAGGACCUGUUGGACUUCUUCUGUGAGGAUGAUGUCACGUUCAAGCUGGAGGAGGCCUGCAGCAUCUUUUACUCCUUCAACAUUCGCUUUCAGAAAGCUGUAGAGGAGAAUGCAAAGAGGGAGCUUCAGGAACAGAAGCGAGCAGAGAGAGAGAGACUGGAGAGGGACCGGGAUGGGACGGUGAGACGUCGCUCCAUAGCCACCUGUUCAGCCCUGGAGGUGGGACUCAGGGACACCCAGCAAGAAGACCUGGAGAGCACUCUGGAGAGGAGCCUCUACCACACCUGGCAGAGCCGCCACAACGUGCGAAGCCCAGACAGCCGACUACGUGCCAUGAGCCCAACCUUACACAACUUACUGGAGAACAUCAAUGAUGAUGAUACUACAGAAUCAUGUGACACACCACCACCAACCCUUGCUCACUCACCACCCCCACCCAAGACAAAGCAUCAGCAGACUGUGUCUGCUCCCCCCUCUAACCCCACAAACAGUAUGUCAGCCAAGCCUGCCAAGGAGACCACCCCUCCAGUGGACAGCCCACAGUCACCUCUGGAGAGUGCCGAUCUGCUGAAGCAUGUAGCAUCCAAAGUGGUGAACCAGCAGUGCAGUCUACAAGAAAUGUCUGACCCAGAGAAACAGCAUGACACAGCCUCUGCCCAACCCACCACCAAGGGACAGUCACAGAAGCCUGGGGAAUGGGAGCGUCUGUAUUCAUGCAUGGGAGACACAGUAGUGUGUCACACUCUUGUGACUGGCCUAUGCUCCUAUAAGAACCUGAGCCCAACACAGCCCUGGGAGGAGCCCACAGAAGGAUCCCACUGCUUCUUACGGUUGAGGGACAAGCAGGUCAGAGCGGCAUCACCCCAGGUCCACAAAGCGGCAGCACCCCAGGUCCACAAAGCGGCAGCAGCCCAGGUCCACAAAGCGGCAGCACCCCAGGUCCAGGGGGACAACGUGCAGAACAAAAAGGUGCGCACACCAGCUUCUGGACUGCAGAGAACUAUACCCAGGAGUAGGGCUUCCACACCCUCCACAAGCCCCACUUCCACCCUUUCCUCUACUGCCUCUGCCAUCCCCACUCCCACAGCCUCUGCCAUUCCCAAAAUGCAAGGCAGGUCAGAGGCAGCCUCCACAUGGUCCUCACGUCUCCCUCUCAGGAACUCAGUGCGUUCCCCAACUCCAAUCACCUCCAGAGAUCAUUCUGAGGUUAGACCGGAAGGGAUUGUUAGGGGAAAAAUGCAGUCUUUGAAUGAGCAGACCAAAAAAAAGCAUCCUCUUCGUCGACUACUAGAAAAAGCCAAACCAAAUGAGGAGAGAGAGAAGAUAAAGAAGGAAAGAGAGCUGGAGAGUGAAAGAGAGAGGGAGAGGGAGGGAGUGAGAAAGGAGAGGGAAAGUGAGAAGGAGAAGAAAAGAGUGAAAGAGAGGGAGAAGGUCAAGGAGAAAGAGAAGGAGAAGGAGAGGAAGAUGGCGAAGGAGAAGGUGCAGAUGAAAACUAAGCUAAAGGGGAAAGAGAAGGAAGUCAAAGUGGAGCCAGUGAUGGAGUCAGCUCUGUGUGUGUCCAAGCAGCUGCCCCUGCACCCUGACUUUCAUACCUCUCUGCCUCGCCGUGCCCUUCAGGCCUCGGUGACCACCAGUGCCAAGGUCAUACGCUGUGCCCUCAUGGCCGCUGCGGCUGUGAAUAAGGACAGGAGCAGCCAAUCUGCAGUCUCAAAGACCACAGUUAUAAAGCUGCCUGGCCCCAGGUCAAAGCUCCCAAUUCCACUAUCCAUGUGGAAGUGAGUCUGCCCACACCCACCUAGACAUACAUAAAAACCCUCAGAUCUGAUAUGGAGAGAUGCCAAUAGGGAAUCAAGAAUAGUACCUUUAUUUUUGAUAUCACACCUCAUUGACUUUAGCAAGGUAAUCAGGCAUCUUUUUAGAAAUGACUUUGUACUGAAAGUGUGAUAAAUAUUAUAAGGUAGGUAAUAAAAUAACUCAAUAACGUGGAAUAACGAAAGUAGACAAAGGAAAUGAAAAAUAAGGUAUGGAUAUGGUGGUAUACAGGAAGUUGUACUUAGGGUUAUUCAACAAGAUACUUGAAUAUGGAGUGAUAGAGAGGGAAUGGGCGAAGAGGGGAUAAACAGAGAAGGAUCUGGUCAGGAAUAAGACCCAUUUUGAUGAGUAGUGAAGUUCUCCAUAUUUCAAUUGAGAGAUGGAGUGGUGGGGUGCUUGGAGGUGACUGCAUCAUUGAAGAUGCAUUGCGAGUGUAUUUACAUUUCUGUGUCCCAACUGUACACAAAACAAUAAAAACAGUGAUCUUUCA